AUGGACGCCCCCAAGGUCUCGAUCGUCGACAACAAGGAGUUCCGCCUCGAGCGGACCAAGACGCUCCCCUCUCGCGCACUCGGGCUCGAAGUCCCCCGCACGCGAACCCACAACUCGCACAUCCCCCUCGGCUACCGCACACUCUCGAUCCACGUCUACGACUCGCAAAGGUUCGACGGUCCCAAACCUGCGCGCCGGCACCAUGCUCGCACGGGUCCCUCGCUCGCCUCGCGCCUCGCCUUCUGGCGCAAGAAGUCCCGCGACGAGGAGCAGCAGGCGCCGAACGCGUUGCAGGCCGGCGCCGCAGACGCCGACUUCUUCUCCCGCCUCGACCACCACACCGUCUCGCCCCCCGAGGUCUGCCAGCGCUUCAACGUCGCGCCCGAACUCGGACUCGACUCGUCGGCGGCGAGCAAGCGCCUGCAGCGCAACGGCAAGAACGUCCUCGCCAAGCGCAAGUCGGACUGGUGGAAGAAGGUCCUCCGUUACGUCUUUGGCGACUUCUGCGCAAUCCUCUGGAUCGGCGUCAUCAUCUUCUUCAUCUCGUGGCGCCCUCUCGGCAACCCUCCCGCACCAUACAACCUCGCGCUCGCCAUCGUCGUCCUGAUCGUCAUUUUCAGCCAGGCCAUCUUCUCUGCCCUUCAAGACUGGUCCGCCCAGAAGGUCAUGGACUCGAUCAUGUCGCUCCUGCCUGAGAACGCCGUCGUCUUGCGCGAUGGUCAGCCGCGCGAGAUUCCCAGUAGCGACCUCGUUGUUGGCGAUGUCGUCAUCCUCAGUACCGGUCAGAAGGUGCCGGCCGACAUGCGCAUCAUCAAGGCUUCGAACGACUUGAAGUUUGACCGCGCCGUCCUUACGGGCGAGUCGGAGGAAGUUGCCGGCGCCGUCACGACGGACGAGCAGAACUUCCUCGAAGCCCGCAACAUCGCCCUCCUCGGCACGCACGUCUGCAACGGUACCGCAACGGCCGUCGUCGUCCUCACGGGCGCCUCGACCGUCAUGGGACGCAUCAACAUGCUCACCCGCUCCGGAGCCGAAGAGCGCACGACCCUCCAGAAGGAGAUCACGCGCUUCGUCAAGAUUAUUUGCGGUUUGACGGUCACCCUCGUCGUGAUCAUGCUCAUUACGUGGCUCGCGUGGUUGCGACUCAUGUCGCUCGUGGUCGCCUUCAUCCCCGAAGGCAUGCCCAUCGCGGUCGCCAUGACUCUUUCGCUCAUCGCUCGCCGCAUGCGGGACGCCAAGAUCCUCCCAAAGUCGCUCUCGACCGUCGAGACCCUCGGCUGCGUCAAUGUCAUCUGCUCCGACAAGACCGGCACGCUCACCGAGAACAAGAUGUCGGUCGUCUCGCUCGCCUAUGUCGACCAGCAACUCGACCUCGAGAAGUCGCACCUCGAGUCGAAGGCGUUCGCCCACUUCCGCAAGAGCAUGAUCAUGUGCAACGACGCCUUCUUCGACCAGGCGACGCUCGAUGCGCCCAUCGCCGAACGCAAGGUCCAGGGCAAUGCAACGGACGGCGCGCUCCUUCGAUUCGCCGCAGCCCUCGACGGCGGCCUGGAAGCCGUCUCGUCCAGCUUCGACCGCGCGUUUGACUUGCCGUUCAACUCGAAGAACAAGUUUGCCCUCACCUACGUCGUCCCCGCCGGCGAGAAGGUCGACCUCGCGCAAGACGGCGAAAUCCUCGUCAAGGGCGCGCCCGACAUCCUCCUCGACCGCUGCGACUCGUACGUCUCCGGCAUCGACGACGGCGAGGUCAAGCUUCUCGAUGCGGAUGCUCGCGCUCGCCUCGUCGCCCAGCAAGAGACUCUCUCGCGCCAGGGUCAGCGUGUCAUCAUCCUCACUCGCCGGUCGUUCGUCCCCGCCAACGCACCUGGAACGACCGAGUUCGAGACGGAGGUCCUCGAGGCUGCUGCUUCGUCGCUGACCGUCAUCGGUCUCGUCGGCAUCAUCGACCCUCCCCGCGUCGACAUCCCGCACACGGUCUCGGAGGCACGCCGCUGCGGCAUCCGGUUCACGAUGGUCACGGGCGACUUCUCCCUCACGGCCUGCGCAAUCGCUCAGCAGAUCGGCAUCCUCCGCCGCGGCGAUCCGGACCGCAUCGCCGACUUCACCUCGAAGGACCGCUACGCCCAGCUCGAGAAGGUCCGCGACGACCGCCUCGCUUUCAUCGAUGGCGCACUCGUCGUCGAGGGCAAGGAGAUCGCGGCGCUGUCGCAGCAAGAGUGGGACGUUGUGUGCAAGUAUGAGGAGAUCGUCUUUGCUCGCACGACCCCCGAGCAGAAGCUUCGGAUUGUCACCGAGUUCCGGGCGCGCGGGAAUGUCGUUGCAGUGUCGGGCGACGGCGUCAACGACGCACCCGCUCUCAAGGCGGCCAACGUCGGCAUUGCCAUGGCUAGCGGCUCUGAAGUCGCGAUGGAAGCGGCCGACCUCGUCCUCAUGGGCGACUUCUCCAACAUCAUCGAGGGCGUACGCCUCGGUCGUCUCGUCUUCCAGAACCUGCAGAAGGUCAUCUCGUACCUCUUGCCGGCCGGAUCCUACUCCGAGGACUGGCCAGUCAUCUUCAACGUCUUCUUCGGCUGUCCGCUCCCGCUCAGCAGUUUCCUGAUGAUCAUCAUCUGCUGCUUCACCGACCUGUUCUGCUGCCUCAUGCUCGUAUUCGAGAAGCCCGAGUUCGACCUCCUCUCUCUCCCACCGCGUGAUCCGAACGAGUCCCGCCUCGUCAACCUCCGCGUCUACGGCCACUCCUACCUCUUCAUCGGCACCCUCGAGACCCUCUGCGCGCACGCCAUGUUCUUCUUCUACAUCUGGAAGGCCGCCGGCAUCCCCGUCAACCGGAUGUUCUUCGCGUUCGAGAAGUACUCGGACGGCUUCUUCGGUCACACGCAAGCCGAGCUCAACCACUUCCUCAACACCGGCCAAUGCGUCUACUUCGUCACUCUCGUCAUCCUCCAAUUCGCCAACCUCAACUCGGUCCGCAACAAGCGCAUGUCGAUCUUCCAGAACGGCCCUCAGCACAACUGGAAGCUCAUCUGCGGCCCCGUCAUCUCGCUCGCCAUCGCGAUCUUCGUCACCGAGGUCAAGGGCAUCCAGAACUUGUUCGGGACGGCCAGCGUGCCCAUCAAGCACUGGCUUCUGCCCAUUCCUCUCGCCAUUGGUGUACUCGCGAUGGAUGAGGUCAGGAAGGUGCUGGUUCGCGCCUGGCCGAAGGGUCCGGUCGCCAAGCUCUCGUGGUAG